CGCCACUACUUCAAAUUCGCAAGUACUUUACUUAUCCCGAUGGACACUACUACCCGACGACAUACCCCUCUUGCGUUAUCCGUGGCCGCGGGCACAUCAUUGUUUGCACAUAUUUCCAGCCCGCUCGCAAAAAUCUUGAAAAUUUCGUUCUUACCUCUCUGUUUUCCCUCCUCCCUCUAUUGAAGCUCCUCCAUUGAUUUGCGUGCUAUAAUGCUGCGACAUAUUGCUAUCGACCGCCUUGGCUCUUGCCGCAAUGAUCCCACCAAAUGGAGCUCCUACUGCGGAUUCGGCUUUGUUGCCACAGAGACCAUCGAUGGAGAUUUCGACAAUGUCCCGGUGUUGAGCGUUUGCGGGGUCUGCAAAUGUCCCGCUGCAUCUCAUAUCAAGGAUGUACCGGAUCAUCUCAAGGCACCACCGAAGCUCUCUCCCGUCAAUGUCGCCGUCUCUGGCUCUGAUGCAACAUCGGGGAAUAUCGAGCCGACUUUCAAUAGCGCUAGGCCACAGAUUGAUGUCAACGUGACAAAGGAUGCUAUCUACAACUCUCGCUCAUCCGUAGGAAACCCAGCCUUGCGGAGCCAUCCCAACGACACUCCGACUCAGGACAGCGUUCAAUCCGGCUCGACGUUUUCAACCAUGGCAAAAAAACGUCAUGAGGCGAUGACCCGCGCCAUGAUGAACGACCCCACUAUUGGCGGAGAGACAUUCAAUCCUGCCCAAAAGAGCCAGAUUUCAGCAAUCAUCAGCAAGAACGGCAAAGAUACGAUGCCACCCAAGAAGCGGAAGAAGGCUGCAACUACUAUCGAAUCUGAUUCGACAUCUGGCACCAAGCAGUCGAAGAAGACGAAGGCUUCUUCCUCCCAGGACGACGACUCGCCCACAGUAUUUAUGAUUGCCCUAGUCAGCGAGACGUCAGUUGUGUGGUCUGGGAAGUUUGAACGUGUCAGCACGCAUGCAUUUAUUGCACUUCGUACUGCUCGCUUCGUGCGUGAGGUGCAAAUUCCUAAGAAGGCGACAAGCUUUGUGGUGAUCAGCCUGAUCGAGGAUGCAUUCAAGGAUCUUAUUCGUCCUGGCCGCUGGUGUGUAUUGCGUGGAGAUUCUUCUGCUGAACGCAAAGGUCAGCGCACGAUAUUUAAGCCUACAAUCCUGGUAUCCAACAACCAACUUGAUUACGAGACUCUCAAAUUUUCCGCUUACAACACCCAGCCUCGCGAUGUGAAAAGUGGCGAAUAUCCGAACCUUGUUUGGAUCGGACGUUCACGUAGAGAGCCUGAUAUUCCUGUUCCUUCUGUAUUUGAGCCUGAUGGCGACAUCGAUGAUGAUGUUUCGGGUCCUAGUGAUAAGCAUGCUCCCACUGAUGAUCCCAAAGCUGGGACGAACGGUUGCCAGAAUAUGAACUCCGUGACGCAACCUCUGUUUUUUUCCGCCUGCGAGUGAUUCCGAGGCUGCGUGGGAUUGUUCCAGCCUACCGGAUGUACCAAGUGAGGCGGCAGGGACAUCCAAUCUAUCUAAUAGCUUCCCCUUUGGUACUGCCGAUCCAGAUUUCAGUCACCUGGCAUCGGAUGGAACAUGUCAAGUUCCUCCUUUCAAGUGCCUUUGGGAGCUUUUCUGACCCAACGCAGAUGCGCCAUGAUACCAUCUGUACUGGUCAAUACGGUCUGGAUGGCUUCUACUCCUCGGUUGUUGUUCCGGUGCUCGAUGAUAUCGAAUAUGACACAGAUGGAUACUCCGACUUGU